UGGGGAGAGGAGGGCUUGGCCACCCCGCCCCCUGCUCCGCUCCGGUUUGAAGGGUCGAGCGCCGGAGCCGGGGAGGAGAGAGCGAUGUGACUGCUCCGAGAGCCUGGCCAGGGCAAAGCUCCUGCCUCUUCCCUCCUUUCCUUCCUCCACCCUCUCCGCUCCGCUCUCGGGAGCAACGGAGCCCGUUUCCCCUUCCCCAUGGCCCCACCUCGCCUGGGGUUUCUGCUCCUCCUGGCUGGCUGCUUCUCCUGCUCCGAAGCACAGCUCCUGGACUGGGUUUGGGACAGCACGAAGACCACGGGAAGCCCAGCAGCUGCCGGCGAGGGAAUCCUGGCGUCAGAGCCGCCAACCUCAGCGGCAGCUCCGGCUCCCAGCCCGUCCCCAGGGACGUGGGGUGGCGAGGUGGCGGGGAGUGUCACCACCUCACAGCGGCAGGAGGCAGGUCCAGCAGCGCCUGUGGGUGAGGGAACCGCAGCCAAAGGCACGGGACAGUGGGACAGGAAUGCCACAGGGCUGCUGGAGAGCACGGCACAGCCAAGCAUUGCUCCUCCCCACAGCACGUCACCUGCCCCGGGACAGCAGGCGGCCAGCAGCCCCACCGAGGACCCCCAGCUUCAGGGGACAGGGGCCACUGAGGAGCUGCAGCUCCUGGGGUCAGGGACCAGCAAGGACCCGCAGCUCCUGGGGACAGGGAUCACUGAGCACCUGCAGCUCCUGAGGAUGAGGACCACCAAAGACACCCAGUUCCUGGGGUCAGCAACCUCCAAGGAUCCACAGCUCCUGCACUCAGGGACCACUGAGGAUCUGCAGGUCCUGAGGAUGGGGACCACCGAGGACCCCCAGCUCCUGGGGUCAGGGGCCACUGAGGACCUGCAGCUGCUGGGGUUGGGCACCACUGAGGACCCACAGCUCCUGGGGACGAGUACCACAGACCUGCAGCUCCUGGUGACGGGGAGCACCAAGGACUCACAGCUCUUGGGGGCAUGGACCACUGAGGACCUGCAGCUCCUGGGGACAGGAACCACUGAGAAUCUGCAGCUCCUGGCAAUGAGGAACACAGAGGACCCAGAGCUCCUGAGGACAGUGGCCACUGAGGACCCACAGCUCCUGCAGGUGCUGACCACUGAGAGCUCAGAGCUCCAGGGGACAGUGACCACUGAGGACCCACAGCUCCUGAGGGUGCUGACCACUGACAACCCACAGCUCCCAGGGAACACUGAGGACCCACAGCUCCUGAGGACACUGACCACUGACAACCCACAGCUCCCAGGGAACACUGAGGACCCACAGCUCCUGAGGACACUGACCACUGACAACCCACAGCUCCCAGGGAACACUGAGGACCCACAGCUCCUGAGGACGCUGACCACUGAGGACCCACAGCUCCCAGGGAACACUGAGGACCCACAGCUCCUGAGGACGCUGACCACUGAGGACCCACAGCUCCUGGGGAUGCUGACCAGUGAGAAUUUGCAGCUCCUGGCGAUGAGGAGCACCAAGGACCCGCAGCUCCUGAGGACAGUGACCACCGAGAACCCAGAGCUCCUGGGGACAGGGACUCCCACAGCAGUGGAGACACAGGUGUCCUUGCAGAGACCAGCGGGUCCCCAGCCAGAGAGCCUGAAUGCCGAGGUCAGCCUGCUGGAGCUGAUCGGGGACCCGCCGACGGAGGAGAUCCACAGAAUUUACGGCCCCGACAACAACCCUGGCUACGUCUUCGGUCCCAACGCCAACACGGGCCAGGUGGCCCGGUACCACCUGCCGAGCCCUUUCUACCGGGACUUCUCGCUGCUGUUCCACAUCCAGCCCACCACGCCCCGGGCCGGCGUGCUCUUUGCCGUCACGGACUCCUCGCAGAGCAUCAUCUACGUGGGCGUCAAGCUCUCGGAGCUGCGGGCAGGCCAGCAGCAGAUCAUCUUCUACUACACGGAGCCGGGCUCGCCCAGCUCCUACCCGGCCGCCACCUUCACCGUGCCCACCCUGCUCAACCAGUGGACGCGCUUCGCCAUCAGCGUGGAGGAGGAGGAGGUCAUCCUGUACCUGGACUGCGAGGAGCACGAGCGCGUCCACUUCGAGCGCUCCCCGGAUGAGAUGGAGCUGGAAGAGGGCUCCGGGCUCUUUGUCGCUCAGGCUGGAGGGGCUGACCCGGAUAAAUACCAGGGGGUGAUUGCGGAUUUGAAGCUCCGAGGGGACCCACGGGCAGCCGAGCGCCAGUGCGAGGAAGAGGAGGAUGACGCGGAGGUCUCUGGGGAUUUUGGCAGCGGGAUGGAACGUGGACAGCAACCCUCGGGCAAGGUGGAGGGUGUUCCAGGGCUGGUGGACGCUGUCCCCGUCACCUCCCCCCCCGUGGCGGGGGCCAGCGGCCCGAGGAGUGGCGGGGGGUCCCUGCAGCAGGCCGAGAGGACCGGGGCGGAGGAGACGCUGCAGGUCUCCACGGGAGGCACCGGCCGGAAAGGCGAAAAGGGGGAGAAGGGUGAACGCGGCUUGAAGGGGGACUCAGGGACCGGUGGCAUCGUGGGGCCAGGCAGUGUCAAGGGUCAAAAGGGGGAGAAGGGAGACCUGGGCGUCAAGGGCAGUGCUGGAUUUGGCUACCCUGGCUCCAAGGGACAAAAAGGAGAGCCAGGUGACCCUGGACCACCUGGGACCCACUCUCAGCACGCUGAUGGCUCGGUGGUGGAGCAGGUCACCGGCCCCCCUGGGCCACCAGGGAAGGAUGGAGCCCCUGGCAGGGACGGCGAGCCUGGAGAUCCUGGCGAGGACGGCAAACCCGGUGAAAUGGGGCCCGCAGGGUUCCCCGGGAUGCCGGGGGAGCCAGGCCAGAAGGGGGAGAAGGGUGACCCAGGCGUGGGGCCGAGGGGACCCCCUGGACCACCCGGCCCUCCGGGACCACCAGGACCCUCCUCCAAGAGUGACAAGCUGACCUUCAUCGACAUGGAGGGCUCUGGCUUCGGCGGUGACCUGGAGAGCCUGCGGGGUCCACGAGGGCCACCUGGUCCCCCAGGGCCGCCUGGCGUGCCCGGUUUGCCAGGGGAGCCAGGACGGUUUGGGAUGAACCGCACGGACCUGCCGGGACCACCGGGGCUGCCGGGCAGGGAUGGGAACCCCGGGACCCCGGGGCCAGCGGGUCCUCAGGGUCCUCCAGGAAGAGACGGGGAGGCCGGGCAGCCGGGGCCCAAAGGAGAGCGGGGCGACGUGGGUGACCUCGGCCUCCCUGGCCUGCCUGGACCCAAGGGCAACAAAGGGGAGAUGGGACCAGCAGGACCCCCAGGAGAAAUGGGCUUAGCUGGCCUUCCCGGGCCCAUCGGACCCCGAGGGCAGCCUGGGCCCCCCGGCCCCCCGGGCCCACCGGGGCCAGGCUACGAGGCUGGAUUUGGUGACAUGGAGGGCUCAGGGCUGUCAUUCGCCCCGGGACCACCUGGACCUGAAGGACCACAGGGUGUGCCAGGACUGCCGGGGAUGAAGGGAGAGGUCGGCAGCCCCGGACAGCCCGGCUUGCCAGGACCAAAGGGAGAUGCCGGCAUGCCUGGCGUGGACGGCCGCCCUGGCCUGGAGGGCUUCCCUGGGCCACAGGGACCCAAAGGUGACAAAGGCAGCACCGGUGAGAAGGGAGAGCGAGGCCAAGAUGGUGUGGGGCUGCCCGGCCCCCCCGGCCCACCUGGUCCCCCUGGACAGGUCAUCACUGUGUCCAGUGAAGAUAAAUCCUUGGUGGCUGUUCCUGGUCCAGUGGGCAGACCAGGCCACGCUGGCUUCCCGGGUCCGGUGGGACCAAAAGGAGACCAGGGGUCAGCUGGUCCCCAGGGCGCCCCGGGGUUGAAGGGGGAGAAGGGGGAGCCCGGCGUCACCAUCAGCCCUGACGGGACCGUGGUCACCGCCAAGGUGAAAGGAGAGAAGGGGGAGCCGGGGCUGCGGGGCCCGAUGGGACCAUCGGGUCCCCCGGGACGAGCAGGGAUGAAGGGAGAGAUCGGCUUUCCGGGCAGACCCGGACGUCCCGGCAUGAAUGGGCUGAAGGGCGAGAAGGGCGACCCCGCGGACGUGCUGGGCUUGCAGGGUCCCCCAGGCCCCCCAGGACCCCCUGGGCCCCCUGGGCCACCUGGUAGCAUAGCCUACAGCAAUGGCAAUACCUUCAGCGACUCCGGCCACCCGGCGUUCCCCGGUUUCCACCAGUUCCCAGGACAAAAGGGAGAGAAAGGUGACACCGGACCCCCAGGACCUCCAGGCCACUUUCCCUAUGACCCGAGUCACUUCGGUGCCAGCCUGCGGGGUGACAAGGGGGAUGCAGGUCCCAAGGGUGAGAAGGGCGAGCCAGGCAGCACCCCACUCUAUGGUCCUGGAGUCUCUGGACUGCCAGGGCCUCCAGGGCCCCAGGGAUACCCCGGGCUGCCGGGUCCCAAGGGGGACAGUAUCGUUGGGCCACCGGGGCCUCCAGGACCUCAGGGUCCCCCUGGUAUCGGAUACGAGGGGCGGCAGGGCCCUCCUGGCCCCCCUGGCCCCCCUGGUCCGCCCGGGCCACCCUCCUUCCCAGGUCCCCACAGACAAGCUGUCAGCAUCCCUGGACCCCCGGGACCACCAGGACCCCCCGGACCUCCAGGCAGCAGCGGGAUGUCCUUGGGGCUCCGGGCCGUGCCCACGUACCAGGCGAUGCUGAGCGCCGCGCUCGAGCUGCCUGAAGGCAGCCUCGUCUUCCUGACCGACCGGCAGGAGCUCUACGUCCGCCUGCGCGGGGGCUUCCGCAGGGUGCUGCUGGAGGAGCACAACGUGAUCCCCAGCUCGGCUCUGGACAAUGAGGUGUACGACAAGCCGCCCACCCUCCACUACGCUGGCCCCCAGCCCCGCGGGCCCCUGCACCCCCUCCGCAACCACGUCCCUCCGGCCACCGCCCGUCCCUGGCGUGGGGACGAGGUGGUGGCUAACCAACACCGCCUGCCCGAGCAGCCCCUGCUCCACCACCAGCACGAGCUCAUCAAUGGUUACUACAUCCACCGCCGGCCAGAUCCCGCCCCCGUGGCCGCCCACGUGCACCAGGACUUCCAGCCCGCCCUUCACCUGGUGGCCCUGAACACCCCGCUGAGCGGCGGCAUGCGCGGCAUCCGGGGCGCCGAUUUCCAGUGCUUCCAGCAGGCCCGGCAGGUGGGGCUGGCCGGCACCUUCCGCGCCUUCCUCUCCUCGCGCCUGCAGGAUCUCUACAGCAUCGUGCGCAGGGCCGACCGCGCCGCCGUCCCCAUCGUCAACCUCCGGGAUGAAGUGCUCUUCAAUAACUGGGAAGCCCUUUUCACGGGCAGCGGGGCUCCGCUGCGAGCUGGCACCCGCAUCCUCUCCUUCGAUGGCCGGGAUGUCCUGCGGGAUGCGGGAUGGCCGCAGAAGAGCGUCUGGCACGGCUCGGAUACGAAGGGCCGGCGCUUGCCCGAGAGCUACUGCGAGACGUGGCGGACUGAGGAGCGUGCGGUCACCGGCCAGGCUUCCUCCCUGGCCGCUGGAAAACUGCUGGAGCAGGCGGCCAGCAGCUGCCAGCAUGCCUUCAUUGUCCUCUGCAUCGAGAACAGCUUCAUGACCGCCGCCAAAAAGUGACACGCGCCCUGGCGCCCCCUGAGUCCCCCCGUGUCCCCAGGGAGGGUCGGGCCAGCCUGCACCCCGGCACCCCUGGGCCCCUCAGCCCCCUCCACGCGCCUGCUCUCGCCCCGCAGGGUUUCCUUCUCCCGCAGACCUGAAGCCAAAGAGUAUUUUCAUGGCCCCUGCUCUGGGUUGGCAGGGGCUCAGGUCCCACCUGGGGCAGGGCAGCCAUGGGCUGGCGGCCUUCCUCCUCCUCCUCCUCCUCUCACUCCUCUUCUAACUCCUAAUAUUUAACCACUUCAGCUUGUUCCCCUCCCUGCUCGGAUGCUCUUUUUGGGGUGGCUGGGUGGGACGAUGCUCGGCAGGGAGAGUUCAGUGCGGGCUGUCCCCCUCAGAAGCCCGUGGGGGCUCUCUCACCAGCCUCCCAGCCCCGCGCUGUCCUCACCAGGAGCUUGGGGUUGGACCCAAAUCCCUGCUGCUGAGGCCAUGGGGUCUUCUCCAGCCAAAACCCCAGCACCGCACCCAUGGGACUUUCUCUUGGCAGUGCUGGGGCUCCCCCAGAUGGUCUCCAUCCUCCCCAGGUAAGGCUCAUCCCAUCAUCAUCCUCACCUCCACCUCUCAGCCAGCAGAGCUCUGGUGGGGGUCCGGUCUCCCCCAUCCCCUCCAUGCACCCUGGGGACCGCCGGCUGUGCCCUCACAGCCCAGGUACAGCCACAGCCAGCCCAGCACAGGUACUGGGGUGACAGGGUGGCCCUGAGGCGUGGGCAGCUGUGCCCUUGGCAUGUGUUUCUGUGUGUGUGUGCGUGUUGAGCACGUGUGGCACUGCCACCCCCCCUCGCCGUGCCACCUUUGCUGGGCUCAAAUGGCGAAGGCGCAGCAAAGCUGGUUGGAAUUGGUGUGGGCAAAUCCAAGGUGCUAAAAGAAAAAAAAACAAAAAAAAAAAAAAGAAGAGAAAAAGGAGAAAUUUGUAACUAGCUUUUUUUGUUAUUGUAUGGAAAUGAUUACCAUAAAAGCUGUGCGAGUCACACGGCCUCUAUUUCUUACAGUCUACUGUACUUUGUGUAAUUAAUGCAAUUUAAAGCCUGUGGAUCUUUAUAUUUUUUUUUUGGUCAUCCGUUGUGUCCUAUAAACCAUUUUCUAAAGGCACUGAAUAAAGAAACAUCCUCUUGUA